AUGAAUCGACUCCGAGUAUUUUGAACGUUGAAGUAAGUCCAAAAGAUUGGUGAUUCGUUUCAGACUGGGGCAAAUCUUUAUUUGGCCUCAAACGAUGGCUCCAAAUAUCUCAAGAACAUUCAGAUUACUACUGGAACAUCUACGUACAGGUGAGAAAAAUUCAUCUCAAUGCGCUCUCAAUGUCUGUUUUCAGACUUGACGAGCUCGUAACGGGACGAGUAUCAAAAUCACAGACACGUUAACGAUUCAGUCGGCAAACAGUGCGGCAACCACGAGUUUAAUCACUGGUUUUCUUUAUGUGACAACCAAUUCGCAGGCAAACGGUACUUUGAGAUUGUAGAUUUCUUAUUCGGAACUUUCUCGACUUAGACAAUUCGUUUUCGGUUAUUGUUGUGAAUGGACAACAACCGUUGAGCCGAGUUGGAGAAAAGUCGACAACGGUGGUGCUGAAUACUCAGACUGACGAUGACUUCCAACCAUUUGAUGAUCCUGAUAAAUCUACUUACGUGACUGAUAUUGAACAACUCGCAGUAAGCUAUUCCCACUCUACACAUGUUUGAGAAUAAACUUCCAGAGCACAAAUCUCAAUUUUCACUACGGAGUACCAGGAGAAGACUGGAACGACGAGACGACUAAUCAGUUUUUCGAGAAGCCUCAAAUUAUAAACAAAACGAGAUCGUCAGUGACAGUUAUAAAACAUGAGUAUAUUUCAUUCGUUCAGGUUUUUCAACACAAUCCAACCUCUUCAAAUCAAUUUGCCCUACUGGUACAUUACCGCAAAUGGUCCGUUCAACAUGAAUUUGGAUAGUAGAUACAGUAAGCACAUUUGCUAACCUGACUACAUCCAAUUUUACCAUUUCAGUGAACCAAGAUGUUCAGACUACAGUGCGCGUCAUAAAGAUAGGACACCCCCCUAAAAUGACGUCCUAG